CAUGCUAAGCCCCUCAUUCCUUAUUCUUCUUCUUCAUACUUUUCGAUCCAUGUUUCUCUCUCUCUCUCUCUCUCUCUCUCUCAAUGCGUUGACUCUCUCUCCGCCAUAGUCUCUGUCGUCGCUACGCCAUCUCAGUCGCCGCUCGCUUUUCCUCUCUCUCUCUGCGCCUCUCUGGUUCGCUUCUUUCUUCCUCUUAACUUGUCGUUCCCGAGGAGAUCAAUCCUCAAUUUUGGCGGCCCUAAGAGAUAGAUUCGACGAAACAUUUGUUGCAUUUGUCAACUGAAUCAUAAGCAUAAUUGAAAUGGAAGGUGAUAUAUUUGGAGAAUUAGGCAAUACAACUCAAGUAGAUAGUAGAAUUCUACAAAUAUUUCAAAAGAACUUGUUGCAAGCCCAAGAUAUCUUGAACCAGAAUAGGCUACUAAUCAAUGAGAUAAACCAAAACCAUGAAUCCAAGAGGCCCGAUAACUUGAGCAGAAAUGUCGGUUUGAUUCGAGAGCUCAACAGCAACAUCAGAAGGGUGGUUGAUCUCUAUGCUGAUCUUUCCGGUUCUUUCACCAAGUCUCGGGAAGCUUCAUCUGAAGGGGAUUCAAGUGGAACAUUGAAAUCUGAUGGAAAAAUCAGUCAGAAGAGAAUUAGAUCUACCUGAUUGAUCAUUGAUAUGAGUUUGAAAGCAGUUAAAUCAACAUGUUCGUUCUAAUGGCGGAUAGAAAUUGUCGAGUGGGACUAUGUAAGUACUCUCCAAAUUAUUUUUUGUGUUCCAUAUUGGGUUUAUGUCUGGAGGGCAUAGAGCUUUAGUUAAUGAUCUAAUCUCUUGUACCAAUUUGUGUACCAUAUAAUUGUAAUUUCAAGCAACUCGUUAGCCCCGUGAAAUGGAAAACAGUGGGCCAUUAAUUCAAUUUUCCAAGCUUGAACUUA